CUCCCUCCUGCAUCCCUCCUCCUGCAUCCCUCCCUCCUGCAUCCCUCCUCCUGCAUCCCUCCUCCUGUAUCCCUCCCUCCUGCAUCCCUCCUCCUGCAUCCCUCCCUCCCUCCCUCCCGCAUCCCUCUCUCCACGCCUCCCUCUUUCCCUCCCCCUGCCUGCGCAGAGCCGCGGACAUGGCGCUCAGCAAUUUCCUCUUCGCUCAGUGCAUCUGCUAUUUCCUGGCCUUUCUCUUCAGCUUCAUCGUGGUGGUGCCACUCUCCGAGAAUGGCAACGACUUCCACGGCCGGUGCCUGCUCUUCACCGAGGGCAUGUGGCUCAACGCCAACCUGACGGUGGAGCGGCAGCGCUUCACGGUGCAGGAGUGGGGGCCUGAGGCUGCCUGCCGCUUUAGCAUCUUCACCGGGCUCCUGUCCCUGCUGCUGGCCACAGUGCAGGCCUGGAGGACCCUCUUCUUCCUCUGCAAAGGGCACGAGGACUCUUUCUUUUAUGCCUUCCUGAAUCUGCUGAUCAGCGCCUUUGUGGUGUUCAUCACAUUUAUUGCCAGCACUAUAGUGAGUGUAGGAUUUAACAUGUGGUGUGAUGCAAUUACCGAAAAAGGAAGCAUGCCAAAUAGCUGUGAAGAAUUGCAGGAUAUAGAUCUUGAGCUGAACUUGGAAAACUCUGCUUUCUAUGACCAGUUUGCUAUUGCACAGUUUGGUCUUUGGGCUGCCUGGCUGACUUGGUUGGCAAUUACCAUUCUGGCUUUCCUGAAGGUUUAUCACAACUACAGACAGGAGGACCUGCUAGAUAGCCUGAUCCAUGAGAAGGAGCUGUUGCUAGGAAGAUCCCCUUCACGAUCCUCUUUGCAAGAUGACAAAAGUGGCAUGAUCUAA